CACGUGUCGUCAGCAUGCAGCUAGAGUUAUACCACCUGACCUGUUUGUUGCUUGAUUGGGGUUGAGUUGUAACUUGUACGUUUCAGUGAUUUCAGUUGCCUGUUUGCUGUAGUUUCAUCUUUAAAAGAUGGCUAUUUUUCUUCUUAUUUUGAGUGUCUUAAUUUUUGCACGGCCGAUCGUCAGUGACUGUGUCGUUGAUAGUGAGACAGAAACCCAAUAUAAAGAUUUAAUUAAACCUCUCAUGGAACAACAUUUAACUUUGACAGAUAGUGCAGGAAAUUAUUCUUAUGAUAUCCGGUUCUGCAAUGCGAUUGAGGGUCAGUCAACAAAGGAUGUUGGAGUUCUUCAAACAGAACUUAAGCCCGACAAGCCAUCGGCACCUCAAAAAGUGGUAAUUGGAAGAAUAACAGCAACAGAUAUCAAAACUGGAAGUGAUUGGAUUUUACUAACGUAUAAAAAUGGGGAAACAUACCACAGCCACUGCGGACAUGAAGCCAGACAGGCUCACAUCAUGAUGCUUUGUGACUCUAAACAGCUUGUGGGUAAACAUGCCGUUGUAGAGGAAAACAAUCAGAAAGACAGAGAUUGCUCCUAUAUAUUUGAGCUGGCCACAUCAGCAGCCUGUACAGCGCCCUCAGUAUCUCCAAUCCAAGGCCUCAGCAUUGGGUCCAUCAUCGUUAUCAUAACGGUUUCCGUAAUUGUAGCAUACAUUAUCUUGGGGUUCAUCUAUCAGCGUUGCUUUAUGGGAGCCAAGGGCAUCGAGCAAUUCCCCAACAUUUCCUUUUGGAGGGACUUUGGCAAUCUUGUAGCUGAUGGAUGUGUUUUGGUGUUCCGCACCAAUCCCCCACAAGAGUCACGGAGCUACAAGGGGUUGGGGGAUGACCAGCUUGGGUUUGAUGAAGAUGAGGAAAGGGAUGAUCACAUGUUGCCAAUGUAGGGCUCUGAUUGGUCAACAGUUGUUGACUUUUUUAUUUAUCUUCAUUUGUGAGCUAAAAGUGACUUUGAAGACUUUUCUCUUCAUGUUUGAAGGAUUGGGGUUUUGAGAUAGCAAGAGGUUCAUUCAUUUUGUGUCCUUGUAAUGGUAGCCAUUAUGUAUUACGGUUCACUAUAGGUGUUUGCUAUCUAAUGAUUUAUACCCGGACAAUGUAACCCUCAGAUGUGUGUAUAUGAAAAUGUUUAUAUUUUGGAGAGCUUCUGUUGAAAGAACAAUUUUUUUGCUUUAAUUACUUCAUAGUUGAGCAUUCAGAAUUUUGUUGUAUGAAAUUUCAACAGUUUUAAUUUAAUUAAUGAUCAAGUUACUAUCAAUUUUUUGGCAUCUGAUAUUUUUCCUAUUGUCAACUCAAACCAAUGUGCAUCUGGCACAUGUCAUCACAUUGGCACAGUACAUUUGUCAGAAAGUUUGGGUUAGAAAUUGUUAGACUUUGAAAUGAUGUUUGGUUGAAAGAGUGUGGUAAUGGUCACUUCAGUGUGGGAUUUCCAGAAGCCUUUAAACUUAGAUUUCCAUGGAAUUCUCCUGGGAUCCAUCAAAUUCUACCAGUGCAAUUUGAGUUUGAUUGUAUUUUGGUACACAGCCUCGAGCACCAGCAACCACUCUGAAAUUGUGCUUUCAACAAUGCAAAUCCUUCACAUCUCCAGGAAUUUUUGUUGUAACCCAUAAAAUCACGGUUCUCUUGAUAUUGGUUGGACUUUAUGCUUGAUGUAAUGCUCGCAUUGCUAAAUCCAGCUCUGUUAUAUGUAGAUUGCCUCAGGUCAAAUUGAUCAAAAGGUGAGCUUGAGAAUAGACAGUUAAAAGUUGGAAGCCAGAUUUGAACACCGCCACGUCCUACAUGCAUAAAUCACAUGCGACAUUACCACUGCGGAACAUCCAAUCAAAUGAUUUUUUUCUCC